UUCAUUUUUUGCACUAUCAAUUCCAAAUCCGCUUACUUUUUGUGCUUCCAAACACCAUAAUCAGAAUUGAAGUUCUCAAUUUUAAUUCCAUAGUUUGAAUUCCGUGUAACAAAGGGGACCUUAUUCAAGGAAAAUACAAAUCUUCAUCGUGGUCAUAAAUAAACUCCCCAUUCUACCCCUGGUCUGUUCUCUGUUUUAAUUUUCAGCUUCAUUAAACCAAAGAAAAGAACCCACCGCCUCAUUAUUGCGGACGGGGAAAAGCUCGGCCUCAUUCUCACUGAAAGUCAAGUCCCCACCAUAUCGAUCACUCACGCUUUGGAAAUGAAUUUCAACAUUUUGUCAUAAAUGAGGCAUGAAAAAAAAUGAAAUUUGAACUCUUUAUAAAUACUGUCUACUUAGUUAAAUCAUUCACAAUCAAUCAAUCAACAUGGGACUCACACUAAUCACUCUCCCCAUCCUAGCUUUCGUCCUAAUCCUUACCCCCACCUCCGCCACCCGGCCUCCGCCGGAAGCCGAACCCGCCACCCCGGGGUUCGGGCUGCCGGACUUGGGACCCGCCGGGGACAGUUUCGGAUUACCUUCCGGGAUUGUCGGAGGUUAUGGGUCCGGAUUCGGCGGCCCGAACGGGAAGUCCGGGGUGGUGAAUCAGCCGUUGGUGUGCCAGGACAAGGGCCCCUGCUUCCAGAAGCAGCUGACGUGCCCGGCCAAAUGCUUCCAGUCCUUUGCCAAUAGCGGGAAGGGAUAUGGCUUCGGCGGCGCCGCCGGCGGAUGCACCUUCGACUGCAAGAAUAACUGUAUUGCCUCUUGUGCUUAAUUAAUAAUAAUAAGCUGAUUUACCAAAAGCUUUCUCGAUUGUGAGAUUUAAACAAUAAGAUUAUAUCAAUUAAUCAUGACUAUUUAUUAGUGCGUCGUUAUUACUCUGUAUGAGAUCUGAUUAUUUUGGCACCAUUUUUAAUGGACACUGUUUUCCCGUUG